AUGUCUACUUCUUCACACUGCUCCUUAGAAUCGAGUAAUUCUGAAGCACUUUUAACUGCUCAUCCCGAGCCAGUCAAGGAUGAAGAAGGCACUACUUUUUUCUUGCUAGACGUCAAUGACGAACCACAAGAAACCACCAAAUCAAAGCGCCAUCGACACAAACGAAAAGAUAGUGACGGCAAAAGCAUAUCGAGCCAAUCGUCUAAAAGCAGUACAGAUUCAUCCAGCUCAAGUGUAUCAGCACAAGUUGUGAUUGAUCAUGGCAGCUCCAUGCCUCGUCGCAUGGAGAAAAAUGGGGUUGCACACUUGUUAAGAUCAGGAGACGAUGAGUCAGAAAGUGAUUAUGCAUUUUGCUAUACGCCUGUUCGACGUGAAUCAGAUACUGAGUCUAUCUCUACCCAACAACAACAACAGCGACGAAAGUUGUUUUCGUUACACGCAGAUCAGGGCUCAUCACUGAUGAUUCCCUCACCCAACAUUCACCCUGAAAGCGACUUAUCUACACCUGAAAAUGAUGCUGAUGAGGAAGGGGAAAAUGAGCAAACGAGCAUGCACCUGAACAGUGUGAAUCCGACCGAUAACCUUGAUUCAACCAAAAAUACACCCAAUCGUCAUAACAUAGCCAAAAGACGCAGACACCAUCAUCGUAGACACCACAGAAGACCAUUAGAUGGCAAGAAAGACAUGCUCACUGACAGUAAAGCAAUGGUCACAGUAUAUACAGAGGAAGAUGAUGAUUUAGUAGAUGAAAUGCCAAGAGGAGAUCGCGAACGUAUGCUUAGACACAAUGAGAGAAGUUACCGUGGCUAUAGAAGAAGGUCUGUACCUCGCAGAUUGCAUAAGCGAACACAGCGUGUAUUACAGACAAAUCUACAGUCACAUUCAUGGAGUAGAAGAGAAAGUCUGCAGUCAAACAGACAUCCAGGAUUAUCCAGUGAAGAAGCCUUAAGUAAACUGUUGUAUUUAGCAAACAGCAUUAUUGAUGAAGAAAGGGCUCGCGUUGAUAAGAACAUUGAUAUUCGUCAUGUAUUGUUCAAUCCUGCUAUGUUCUUGACUGCAUUUAUUGGACUCAGUUUGUUGGUAUUCUAUAUCGUUGGUUAUUUGAAGAGUGAGCCAUACCAAUAUCGCAUUACCGGACUAUUAGUAGAAGCUAUCUUACUGCUUGUUAUUUCAGCCUGGAAUGUCUAUGUGUUCUAUAGAGAACAGAUUUUGACAUGCAGAGAAAUGACAGACAGGGCAUCCACUAUCAUUGGUGCUUUGGAAAGAAGUGGCAUGAAUAUGGUUCAAGACACAAAAAUCCCUUUUAUACCCUCCAUGUCUGUAGCUAAAGUAGUUCGUGAUGGUGUUGUACGUAUUUUUCCAGUGAAUUUGCUGGUAGGAGGUGAUAUUGUUGAAAUGUUAUAUGGUGAUAUUGCUCCUGGACGUAUGAAAUACAUGCACAAGACAAUUCAUUCAGAUGAAGAUGACUCAGUCAAGAGGCAAGAAGAUAGCAGUGAUAGUAGCUCAAGUAACAGUGAACCACCUUUAAAUACAAAAGAGUACUACAUUGCUAAAGAUCAAGCCUUUAAGCCUUCUUUCUUUGGCAUACCACCACCCUCUGGGCUUAUGGAAGAAUACAUGCGAUCUCGUGGCCGACAUCAGUUUAUUUUGUUAGAAUCCCCCUUAGAAAAGAAUAUGAGACGAGCAUUGAACCAAAAGAGACCCAAUACUGUAAUUCAAAAUGAGGCAUUAGUGAUCAACCGUAUACUGUAUCGUUAUAUUAUCUGGAUUGUGCUGGGUGUAUCUUUCUUGAUUAAUUUCCUGCGCUUUGGUCUUCAUAGCACACUUAUUCAUCAUUUUCCUGUUGAUCAACUAGUGGAAGAAGUGUUCACCAUGUCACUUUAUGCUAUUAUUCCUCUUUUGCCUUUAAGCAUACCAACCAUGUGGAUUAUUGCUCGUAGCUUUGGUAAUGCUCAGCUACUUAUCUUGUUUGAAGCACUUCAGAUAUCCAAAACAGAAUAUGAAGAUGAUGAUGAAGUAGACGAAUUUGAUGCAGAAGCACCACCACCUACAAAAGAUUUGGAGUUAAGUCCAAACGCUGUUUGGGACAGGUUCUUGUCUUUGCUAACAAAAUGGGAUCGACUAUCACUUACAAGGUCAACUAAUCUAUUGGAAUCACUUGGAAGUACUACAGUCAUUUGCUGUUUAGAUAGAGAAGGCACCAUUGCCAACCCUUUUCCCACUGUAGAGCAGCUUAUGUUUCCUAACAAUGAAGAAGACAUUACUUUUCUGGAUGUUGAAGAGGAUUCUGAUCAAGAAACAGGCCUCAAAUUUGAGGAUCAGGAUUGGGAACAGUAUUUACCAUGUUUAAAGCCUUUAGGGCUGAACUUUAUGCUGAAUACAAACUGUGGUGUUGUCCAAAGCCGUAAAAGAUCAGAAUAUCAUAGAAGACGUUCCAAGUUGCAUGUGUACGGUAAAACCGCUCCUGCUAGACAGUCUUGUCUUUGUAAGUUAGGAAAGUGCAUUGGUUUUAGAGAAGAAGCUCUUCAAUCAUUCGCUUUAAGAGCUGAAAUAUAUACAUUUGCACCUUACCAUGAAAUCUUGAACACGCCUCGCUUCAAGUACAGCAAAUACUAUCAAUUUGAAGUGCCCAAUGCACUCUCUACUGUUUUUGAAGAAAGAGCCUCAAGAAGCUAUCAACUUUUAACAGAUGGACACCCUUCGCUUGUCCUUGACAAGUGUUCUGAUUACUGGGAUGGUAACUCACUUCAGACCAUGAGUGAAACAAUGGAAAAGAAAAUCAAUGAUUUCUUUCAGAAUGCAAUUGUCCAUGAUAUGCAAUGCAUUGCUUAUGCAUAUCGUCCAAUCAACACAGUCAAUGAUGACCGUAUUCCCUUCCUAAAUCCUUCUGAUGAUGAAGAUGAAGACCCCGGCUGUGCCUUUGUUGUCUUACCUUAUAAACCACCUAGUUCAGAUAGUAGUUCGUCUGAAAGCAGUAGCGAAUCUUCUUCAGAAUCUCCUUCUUUACCUUCUGUUCGAAAAGAGAAAAAAAAAUGGACACACGACAAGCACACAUCAUCCAGUAACAGCAACGACAGCAGCAAUAGUUCUUCUUCUUCAGAAACUGGUUCAAGUGACUAUUCAUUUGAAGAAGAUGAUCCUGUGGACGAACAAGAAGAAGCUACUUUUUAUAAAGAAGUUGUUAAAGGACAAAUCUUUCUUGGUAUGACAGCUAUGUGUCAUCAACCAAAACAGAAUGUAGUUGAUUUCAUUGAAGAUUUGGGACUUGCUGGUAUACGUUUUGUUUAUUUUUCACCUACAGCUGAAAGAGAAUCCAAAGCUUUUGCAGAGCGUCUUGGACUAGAAACAGACUGGAACAGCUGCAUCUUGUUAUCUAACCCUGAUGACGAGAAUAAUGGAAACGGAUACCUUCAAACGCAUGACAUCAAAGCGCAACUUCCUCGAGGUAUUGAUGAAAUUCGUCCUCAUUUAGAAGAUGUGGAUGAUAUUCCUCUCCAUGUCUCCUUGUUUGCAGAAUGUACUCCUCGCGCCAUUAAAGAAAUGAUUCGCAUCUUUCAGGAAAAUGGUGAAGUUGUCUGUAGUAUUGGAAAUGCUCUGAAUACAAAGAAUACAGAAUCUUUUGCACUGUCUGAUGUAGGCAUUGCUAUGGAACCUAUGCAUACACGGGCUCAAAGCAAAGGUAGGCUAUCGACGAAUGAUCGUCAGCCUCCUUUGGCAGUGGGAGCAUCUUUAUGUAGUUUACCAUGUGGACUGUUUAUGCAAUACGAAACCAGUCUUUAUGCUGUAACACAGUUGAUUCGUGAUGCCCGACGAUUGCUUACCUGUGUCCGUAUGGCAUUUGCGUUUUAUGCAGCAAGUUGCAUGUCAGUAUCUUUUAUUUUUAUUAUCAGCUUCUGUUUGCUUUUACCGCCCAUUCUUUCUGGAUAUCAAGUUUUAUGGUUGUUAUGUAUUAUUUUGCCUAUUUUAUCAAUGUCGAUGCUUUUUACGCCACAUGAAGACGGCAUUAUGUUGUUGAUGCCAGGAAAAAACAUUGAACAUCUCACUGAUUUUUGGAGAUUCAUGACUUACUUUGUUCUUCGAUUCAUUCUUCUUAUUGCUAUGUGCAUAGCUAUUUAUACCAUGUAA